AUGCCUCGAAAUGUACACAAUCCGCUGCCAUCGUCGCUGCAUAGUAAGUUUCGAUUUCCUGGUUUGCGCCUCGGUGACACUAACUCCGGGAUAGGCGAAUGCUUGAAGGCCCGACAGAUCUUGGAAUCGUUCAUCGAUGGCUCGUUCACAGGUAGUCCCGGCAAGGAAAUGCCAGCGCGUUUCCUCGGCGAAGCCAAGGUCCGUAACCACCACCCCAGCAGAGCUUAUGCCAUCUCGAACACCAACACAGGAAGCAACACACGAUCUAACCAGAUACAGGGACUCGCCAUCAUCACGGUCACACGCGCCGGCUUCCUCGGAUCCAUCCGAAUCGGGUCAGGGAUUCUGAUCGCCCGACUCGACGACGGCCGCUGGUCCGCGCCUUCGGCCGUCGCCACCGCCGGGCUCGGAUUCGGCGGCCAGUUCGGCAUCGAGCUGACGGAUUUUGUAUUCAUUCUGAAUGAGCGCGCCCUCCGCACGUUCUCCCGCACGGGAAGCUUAACGCUAAGCGGGAACAUUUCCAUCGCGUUCGGGCCGUUUGGGCGUAGCGCUGAACUGUCCGGCGGAGCGAGUAGCAACGGCGUGGCGUCGAUGUUCAGCUACUCGAAGACGGUGGGCAUGUAUGGCGGAGUCACGGUGGAGGGGGGCAUGUUGGUGGAGCGGAAGUCGGCGAAUAAGAAAUUCUAUCAGAGUAAGGUCACCGCGGAGCAGUUGCUUCGGGGAGAGGUUGUUUUGCCGGCCGCGACACAGUCGUUGAUGCGUGUUUUGGGCCAUAAGAUGUUCGAUCCUCCGGUGGAGGUGGAAUCGCGUGAGGUUGAGGUUUUGCGUGAGAUUCCGCAGCCAGAAGGCAUGGUGGAAUUGUCGGCGCGAGCGGAGGCGCAGCCGCCGUCUGAGCUGCCGGUUGAGUCGAGUCGAGCUGGUCCAUCACCGAGUACAUCCCCGGGUCACGAAAGUGCGAGAGACUUUGGAGUUAUGUCGGAACUUGAUGGAACCCCGUGUACACCGCAGCCGGCUGAGUUGCCUUCAGAACCGAACGCGCAGUCCCAACCGAGCGCGCAAUCUCCGACAACAGAGCUCCCUGCCCAGGUGUCGGAGAAGCCUUCGAGAAAGCCUCUACGGCAGGAUUCGGGACAGUCAUCGGAGACGCCAGAUCCGCAGCCUACUGUUCAAUCAUCAGGGACACAAGAGGCGGAGCUUUCUGUGCAACCAUCGCCAGAACCCACGGUCACGGCUGAUGCCACGGAGAAGCUUCCUGCAAGCAAUAUUUUACCUCCACAGUCUCGUUCGGAGGGAUUCAUAAUCAGCGCAUGA